AUGGGUGUGCUGUCUCGCGGAGUUACAGCCUCAGGAGUUGAAGAGGAGGCAUGGACCUCCAACGGAAAGAUUUGGCGGCAUAACCUCAGCGCCUUUAUAGCCCGCCUUAGUGCUCGGGGUAUCUGUGACCCUGAAUUGAGUGGUAAUGCCCUUUCAAUUUUCAGGGAUACGUUCGAGACGCGCAGGCCCUUGACUGCAACCAACGAUCAACAGGGCGAUGACAUACUGGCCAUUGCUGAUCUGCUACCAGCAGCGGUAGUCUGGUUUGAGCUAUGUGCCUACCAAAUCGAAAACCUUUGUCUUUCGACCCAGAAAUGUGAGUCCUCGACUAUUGGUGAUCUUGCUAGAGAAGUGCAAGUUGUUCCGGAUACUGGUUUUAGCACUUCAAGAUGGCUCUUCUGGAGGCUACGUCUGAAGGAGAUCAGCCAUAGUGAUCAUGCUGAGCUGGAAGUUUUAGCACAGCGGGGUUUGAGGGUCAUGCAGUUCUGGGGCAUCUAUAUUGAAGCCCAAUGGGCCUUGGUGUUGGCCAACAACGCCCUCCUGCCCGGCGGCAUCAUCCGGCAUGAAGCAGCCACAAAGAUGAACGCGCCAAGGCUGGGACUCACCGAUCCUAGCGGCGGGGAGAAGGAAAUCUUUACGGGGUUUGAGCGUAGCAUACGCCCUGGUAAGGCAUAG